CAUGGUUCGAGAACGUUCAUCAGCGUUUCAUGCCGUUUCAUGGCAUAUACAGCCCGUAAUUGAAGACGUCGUAAUCAUUUGAAGACAGAAUGGUACACAAAACUUGGCAUAGGUUCGCCGCAACAUUCAAAAGCCACUGCAUCCCGUAAGGCUACUAUCCAAGACCCUCGCGCCUUCAUUCAGAAUACCCUCCAACAUUUUGCCAGCACUAUCAACGAAUUGUUAUGCUGCCCGGUUUACUUCUGAGCUUCGCUGGCCUUGCGAGUGCCUGCGGGCUUUCCCGGCGUGAUUCUAUCGGUUCCUUCUCGCAUCCAGGAAUCGUAGGCAGAGCCAGAGGAGGCGAUCCAUUGCAGAGUCUCCGAAUUCUCAAUCCCUAUCCAGGCAUCUUUGCCUAUUAUGAUGGGCGUACCGGAGAAAGGUUCGCCUCCGAUCAGCCCAAUUGGCUUGAUGACGGUGCAUUCACGCUGGGAGUAUCAACAUAUUCCAUCAUCGAUGGCAACGAAGCUAUCAUAUACGACUCUCACAUCACUCCUGACCAUGCAGGUGCUGUGAUGCGACAUGUCCAAAGUCAAGGUGUCACCAAGAUGUCAGUGGUGAUCAGCCACUUUCACAAUGAUCACAUCGCUGGCACUGAAGUUUUCUCCAAGGGGGGAGCUACGAUUGUCGGACACGAAAUUACGGCUCGAACAGUGAAGAGAAGGACUCAGGAUCUUGCUGCUGACAGCCCAGCCAUCGUUGCUGUGCCCCCUACCGAGCUCUACACUGGGAAGAAAGAGAUGAAGGUUGGCAACCUGUCUGUUGAACUGCACAAUUUUCAGGUUCACACACCUGAUGGAACGAUUCUUUACAUUCCUUCGAAGCAACUGAUCUUCGCUGGUGAUACUGUAGAGGAUACAGCAACCUUCAUCGCUGAUGCCAAGAGCUUGCCAACUCACCAGACAGAGCUUCAACGAAUGGCGACUUUCUCCAUCUCAAAGAUCCUGCCUGCGCAUGGAGAACCAAACAGAAUUGCCGCAGGUGGCUACAACUCAACUUUCAUCAACGCAACGCUUCGUUACAUUGCUGCCAUGACAGAAGAUGUGCCGGAGCCAGUAGCUUGGAAUCAACCUCUGUCCCAGGUUGUUGAUGCAGAUGUUAAGAGCGGGGACUUGAUAUACUUUGCGCAGUACGAGGAAGUGCAUCAGAGUAACGCAGAUACCAUUCGGAGAAGCCGUGGAAGGGGCAAUAAUAAUUGA